AAAAGGAAAGUCGGAAUAGUCGGUAAAUACAGGACCCACCAUGGGGCUUCCCUCUGGAAAAUGGUGAAGGAAAUUGAAAUCAGCCAGCACGCCAAGUACACUUGCUCUUUCUGUGGCAAAACCAAGAUGAAGAGACGAGCUGUGAAAAUCAGGCACUGUAAUUCCUGCAUGAAGACAGUGGCUGGCAGUGCCUGGACCUACAACACCACUUCGGCUGUCAUGGUAAAGUCUGCCAUCAGAAGACUGAAGGAAUUGAAAGACCAGUAG